AGCCCACCACAUUGAAUUUCUCACAGCAUUAUCAGUUCAGAGCAUAAUUGCCAAUGGAGUUAGACAGCAUGCUCCACUUCCUUCAGGACAAGACCAUUUUAGUGACCGGUGCCACUGGCUUUCUCGCCAAAAUUUUUGUGGAGAAGGUACUGAGGGUUCAGCCAAAUGUCAAGAAAUUAUACCUUCUUUUGAGAGCCUCGGAUAACAUAUCUGCCACUCAACGCUUGAACAAUGAGAUCACAGGAACGGAGUUGUUCAAAUUGUUGAAGGAAAAUCAUGGUGCAGAGUUCAAUUCCUUUAUCGCAAAGAAGUUGGCUCUGGUUCCUGGGGACAUCUCUCACGAGGACUUGAAUCUGAAGGACACCGUUCUGAGGGAAGAGAUUUGCAGUCAAACUGAUGUUAUAGUAAACUUGGCUGCAACAACUAACUUUGAUGAAAGAUACGAUGUUGCACUGGGUAUAAAUACCUUGGGAGCUAAGCAUGUUUUGAGCUUCGCCAAAAAAUGUACUAAACUGAAGUUGCUUGUCCACGUCUCAACAGCAUAUGUAUCUGGGGAGAAAAGAGGACUGAUAGCAGAGGAUCCGUAUAGAAUGGGAGCAUCACUGAAUGGAGUGUUGGGACUAGACAUUGACGCUGAGAAGAAGUUGGUAGAAGAAAUUCUGAAACAGCUUCAAGAGGAGGGAGCCACAGAAUGUGAAAUUAAAGGUGCCAUGAAAGACUGGGGUAUUAAAAGGGCAAAUACAUAUGGAUGGCCAAACACAUACGUGUUUACAAAGGCAUUGGGAGAAAUGAUUAUUGGAACAAUGAAGGGAAACCUGCCUGUUGUCAUCGUACGUCCCACCAUCGUUACCAGCACCUACAAGGAACCUUUUCCUGGUUGGGUUGAAGGUGUAAGAACUAUAGACAGCUUGAUUGUUGCAUAUGGCAAAGGAAAAUUAACUUGUUUUCCAGCAGACAUCGAAGCAGUUUUUGACGCGAUACCAGCUGACAUGGUGGUGAAUACUAUGUUAGUGGCGAUGGUGGCUCAUGCGAACCAGGCAGAUGAUAUAAUAUAUCACGUGGGUUCCUCAGUGAGAAAUCCCGUGAGAUACUUCAAUCUCAGAGACUACGGCGUGAGAUACUUCACAUCAAAGCCACUGAGGAACAAGGAUGGGAAGAUUGUCAAGGUUGGCAACGUCACUGUAUUGAACAGCAUGGAUAGCUUCCGCACAUACAUGUUCAUCCGCUACAUGCUUCUCUUGAAGGGACUAGAUCUGGCCAAUAAAGCUUUUUGUCAGUACUUCCGGGGGAUGUAUCUUGACCUGAACAGGAAGAUUCAGAUUGUGAUGCGGUUGGUUGAUCUUUACAGGCCCUACCUGUUUUUCAAUGGCUUAUUUGAUAAUAUGAACACAGAGAAGCUGCGGAUUGCGGCGGCACGGGGUGGGGUAGAGAUGGACGUGUUCUAUUUUGACACGAAGAUGAUUGACUGGGAGGACUACUUCAUGAAUAUACAUAUCCCUGGCAUCAUUAAGUACGUCCUCAAGUGAUCAUACUUUCAAGUGCAAUACUGCAUAGCUGGUGUUUUGUGUGAUAUACUUGUCUGCAUUCAAGUCUUUAUGAGUGAAUUAUAGAUAUUGGUGCGCUAGCGAUUCACUCAAUGGCAGUGUAACAGUGAUAAUAUUGCAGGUAGCUGGCAAGUGCCCAAUUUUUAUGAAAUUUUCUUCUCGUAUGAAAUAUAUCUUUCCCUCUUUUUUUUUCGCACUCUUAAGGCGGCCGUUCUUAUUUGUUAUUUUUGUAAUUGGGUUGCGGAAUUGGGGACUGAGAUUUUUGCUCUGUUGUUACCGCGACACAUGGUUGUGUAAACUGUGAAACGAUCUUGAUCUUUUAAUUUAUUUAUUUUUAUCAGUUUAGCUACGAUAUUUCUUUA